GAUCUACGGAAAUUGGUCCACAUGUCAGCAAAUGCAAUUGUUAAUUACAAAAUGACAAAACCCUAAAGCUUUCUGCAGUCUGUAGCUCCCCAUCAAUUUCCACACCCCUGCAACUGCAAUGUCUCAAUCUCUUUCUCUUUCAGUCAUUCAGAGCUCAAAUCUUUCUUUCAAAGGUGAGGGAAUAAAGCAUAAAUAUUUAUCAUUUAAUGCAAAUCGCAAUCAUUUGAACUUCUCAUUUCGGGAGAAAGGAAAAACGACUAUGUCUCUCAGUCCACGUGCUGCACCAACCGAAAUCCCUACGCAUUGGUAUAACAUCAUUGCUGACCUACCCAUCAAACCUCCCCCGCCUUUGCAUCCAAAGACACAUGCACCAUUACAACCUCAAGACCUGUCUCAUCUCUUUCCUGAUGAGUUGAUUAAGCAAGAAAUCAGCAGUGAACGAUUCAUUGCGAUUCCUGAUGAAGUUGUUGACAUCUACAGGCUUUGGCGUCCUACCCCUCUAAUAAGAGCCAAGAGGUUGGAGAAACUACUUGAUACACCUGCAAGAAUUUAUUACAAGUAUGAAGGUGUGAGUCCAGCCGGGUCACACAAACCAAACACCGCUGUUCCUCAAGUUUGGUAUAAUGCACAACAAGGUGUCAAGAACAUUGUCACCGAAACUGGUGCUGGUCAAUGGGGAAGUUCUUUGGCAUUUGCUUGCAGCCUAUUUGGUCUCAAUUGUGAAGUGUGGCAAGUUCGAGCUUCUUACGAUCAGAAACCAUAUCGGAAACUAAUGAUGCAAACUUGGGGAGCUACAGUUCACCCUUCUCCUUCCAACAUUACUGAAUCGGGUCGGAAAAUUCUUGAAAUGGAUCCAUCAAGUCCGGGUAGUUUGGGAAUAGCAAUUUCUGAGGCUGUUGAGAUGGCAGCUCUUAAUGAAGACACCAAGUACUGUUUAGGUAGUGUUCUGAAUCAUGUUCUGUUACAUCAGACGGUUAUUGGGGAAGAGUGUAUUAAACAGAUGGAGGCAUUAGGGGAGACCCCUGAUGUGAUCAUUGGAUGUACGGGGGGUGGGUCGAAUUUUGCAGGGCUUUGUUUUCCUUUCAUACGAGAAAAACUUAAAGGGAAAAUCAACCCUCUUAUACGAGCCGUUGAGCCUACAGCUUGCCCUUCUCUGACAAAAGGUGUUUAUGCUUAUGAUUAUGGCGAUACUGCUGGAAUGACUCCUUUGAUGAAAAUGCAUACACUUGGUCAUGACUUCAUUCCUGACCCUAUUCAUUCUGGAGGAUUGCGUUAUCAUGGUAUGGCGCCACUGAUAUCACAUCUCUAUGAAUUGGGUUUCAUGGAAGCAAUUGCAAUUCCACAGAUUGAGUGCUUUCAAGGGGCGAUACAGUUUGCCCGGACAGAAGGACUGAUACCAGCACCCGAGCCCACACAUGCCAUAGCUGCAGCAAUACGGGAAGCUCUUCAAUGCAAAGAGAGUGGAGAAUCAAAAGUUAUCUUAAUGGCAAUGUGUGGACAUGGCCAUUUUGACCUUCCUGCUUAUGAGAAGUAUUUGCAGGGUUCCAUGGUUGAUUUGUCUUUCUCGGAAGACAGGAUACAAGUUUCUCUUGCUAAUAUUCCACAUUUGGGCUAAAGGUUACAACUUUUGUCUUUUCAACAUCAUUAUCAUACAAAUUAUCUUAUUGUCAAAGCUACUUCAUCUUAUAUCCAAGUAACGACACAAUUUGUAGCUAAUAAAGCCAUUCGAUGGAACUUUAGGAAUAGAAAAAAUAAUAUGUCUGAACUUA